AUGCCAUUCUCAAAAUUCCUUUGCUUCUGCUGGGAUACACCUUCUGAGUCGGAGAUUCCAGCCGGCAGAAUGACUGAGACCGUCAAGCGGCGCUGGUCACGAUCUAGAUAUCCUUUGCAAACAGCAUCGGAACAGGCAGUCCUAGCCCCACGUACGACCACAGAGUCUAGUGGAAAGAGUGUCUCAUCUCCGACUCAGCGCUCAGGCCUGACGAACAGUGUUCAUACAAUGAACAUAGAGCAUCAAUCAGUGGCGAGAGAUACAACACCGGAGGCCUUCGGAGACGAGACGAGUAUUCCCUUGAGUGGGGCUUCCCAAGCUGUUCGAGGUACCAUCAACAGGCUCGAAAUCUCGCCGCUGUCGAAAGCAUCAUUUCCAACAUCAACAGGCCAAAAUUCCCAGAGUCUAUCGGAUAACACACGAGGGAUACAGACUGUCUCUCUCAGUCCACCAUAUGAUAACGAGGAUCAAGCAUUGAGCAAAUUGAAUUCGCAAGCGCAAGCUGGAUGCCCCUUCAAGGGCACGGCACUGAAAGUCCAGGAUUCGUUUUCAACUAUACCAUCAUCAAAAGAUCAUGCUUUGGCUCUGGAAUCUGGUAGCCUUCACCUCGACACGACGGACACAGAAACAACAACGAAGAAAACUCUGCGGAGGACACCGAGAAGUUGGUCGCUAAGGGAGGUUGCCUCAGGGGACCUCGAGUCAAAGUCGGGUUCCGAGAUGUCUCAUAAUUCAUCGGAGAGGGACUAUGUGGAUGACUUACCACAGGACCAGUGGAAACGACAAGUGUAUCCUUUAGCUUCAGAGAUGCUGAAUAUGCCUGUGCCAAGAUCGGAAGAACUACCAGCUUCAAGAGAAGAGCUCGUGCAGAGUAGGGACGCUUCGUUAGCAGACUUCCCAGCAGACCAGCGACCUGGUUUGACACCAUCUUCUAUAACCGAUCAGUUUCAGUCAUGGUCACUAAGCAUCCCAGGCCAUGAGACAGAGGACGCCAGUCAAGAAUUGCGACCUCGAUUUCUCCGAAAUACUUACCCCAGCAAGAACAACAGCUUGGAAUCGCAAGACUAUCUUGUGCAUACGACGGCUGUUGCCACCGAACUGCUGGAACCACCAACACCGUCUUCAUCCACAACCGGCAUUGAGCAUGGUAGCACCAUUUCACCAACAGAGCUUACGGAAAAUACUCUUUCAUCCCAAUGGGAACAAUCUUCGAAGCCAGGAACUUACCGUUUGCAAGCAGCACUCAAAUACAAUAAUCUUUGGUCUCCACAAACACACCCCUUACCAAUAGUAGGAGGACCAGAGAUUCAGACCAAGGAGAUGGCGGAUCCAGUGGUGAAGAAUCAUCGAAAACAUAGCGCAACUCGAGGUCUUCGUCGUGGUGCAUAUCCACUUCAAUCGCCAGCUAGCGUGCUAGAUUUGAAAGCAUCACGAACACCACAAGCCUCAUCUGUUGAGGAAGGCUCGAUUCCGGGAGAGGAACAAGCUCUAGAAGCUCUGAAGCCACGCCCGACUUCUGACAGAAUUCAAACGUUCAAUAGACGGACAUAUCCUUUGCAGUCACCAGCAAGCGUGUUGAGUUUGCAUGCACCUGCACCACCACAGCCAGCACCUACAGAAGACCACUUAACCCCAGCAGAGGUAGAGAAUGCAGAGGAUCUGGAACCACAACCAGUGGUUGGAAAUAUUCGUACGCUGAAUCGAAGGGGCUAUCCCUUACAAUCGCCGGCCAGUGUAUUGGAUUUAAGGAACGACACAGGCCCACGGCCACGAACGGCAAAAAUCAAUUCUGUUCCGAUUCAUUACCCACAAACGGACGACGUACAAGGAAGCCUCUACUUUCCUCACGAUGAGAACAAAUUUCGUCGACAGAUCUAUCCCCUAGAGGCGAGUGCAAGCGCUGCGAAGCAGGAGCGUCCUCCAACUCCACCACUGCUUGUGGAUACGAGUCACCCGGCAGACGAGUUCUCACAACAUUGGCCAAAGUCUGAAUUGGGCAAGCGAACUCCACACCGUGUUAAGUCGACCUAUAACCAGUCUUAUCCUUCACAGUCACCCGCGAGCAUUCCAGCUCUACGACUUCCACCAUCACCGUCACCUUCACCACCACCCGUUGUUGAAGUGGAGUCGCGGAAUGAAACUGGAUCGUCAGCUCACUUGUCCCGACAGAAAGCGCUUGCUUCCAAGGUGAUUAGACAUUGGCGCCGUCAAGUCUAUCCAUUGCAGUCGACUGAUAGCCUGUCACCCUUUCAGCGAGCGCCUACGCCGCAGCCUCUGGGGUCAGAGAGGGACAAACCCCACAGGUCUGAGCCAAUUCACCUUCCAAAGAAUAUCCGCGCCGUGAAGGAGGUUGGAACUUCUGGAUCUGAUGGUCGCACCAUAGUAGUCUGUCUCGAUGGAACCGGGGACAAAUUUGAUGGUGACAACAGCAACAUCGUCCAUCUAAUCAGUGCCCUCAAAAAAGACGAUCCAAAACAAGUCUCUUACUACCAAGCUGGAAUAGGCACUUAUACCCAAGGUGGACUCAGCAGUGGCAUGUCGGCUGCCCUAGAUAUGGCCGUUGGAUCGGAGCUCGGUCUUCAUGUCCGAGACGCAUACCAUUUUUUGAUGCACACUUACAAGGAGGGUGAUAAAAUAUGCAUAUUCGGCUUUUCACGGGGUGCCUAUACCGCACGAUGUUUAGCUGGCAUGAUACACAAGGUCGGUCUUCUACCCCCUCGCAAUAUCCAGCAGAUUGCAUUCGCCUACGAGUUUUAUACCAACGACACAGCUUUUGGUUGGGAACAAAGCGGGAUGUUUAAGGCUACCUUCUCCAUCGAUAUCUCCGUUCACUUCCUCGGAUGUUUCGACAGCGUUGCGAGCGUCGGCUUUAUUCCUAGACAGUUACCACUGAGCACGACACCAGGCAAUAAGCCUCGUUACUUUAGGCAUGCGAUGGCGUUGGACGAGCGUCGGGCUAAAUUCAAGGUCUGUCGCCAUCAGACUUGGGACCCGAAUAAGCCACAAGAGCCCGAAAGGGCAUUUGGAAUUUCCAAAACCCAGACCGAUGUGCCUCCAUGGGAUAUACACGUGAGGUAUGGCGAGCAAUAUCACCCAAACGUCACCGAUGAAGAAUACGAGCGACUUGCAGAGGCAGAGGAUGAAUUUGACACCGAUGUCCUCGAGGUAUGGUUCGCUGGGGCCCACGCAGACGUAGGUGGAGGCGCAGUAGCGAACGAUGAAAGGCAUAAACUCGCCCAGAUUCCUUUGCGCUGGAUGAUCCGACAAGCCUUUGAUUGCGAUACGGGCAUAAUAUUCAAGACAAAGAAAUUGGCUGAGUUCGGCCUCGAUGUACACACGCUCUGGCCCAAGUACAAGAGCCUCGAUCCACCAGCUCAUGGCCCUCCACCCUCAGUCCUCGACAAAUAUGACAAAGGGCUCCCUCCAAGAUCGAUUCGCCGCUCAAAGCUUGUCCCGAUCGACAAAGUCGAAAAUGGGGAGCGCUUCUAUCAUCUAAAAAGUCACACAGACGAAGAUUGGACACCUGAGCUAGUUGAGGACUUCUUCGACGCCAUGUCGCCACUUAAUGACCAGCUGGAGCAAGCUCCACGAUGGUGGAUUCUUGAGGUAUGGCCGGUGGAGUAUAAGGUGCCCAUUGGUCAGGGCCAGGUCGAAACAAGAGUUGGAAUGAAUCUAGGACGGUAUCGUGCGAUCGAUGACAUGGAGCCGAAGCUGCAUUGGACGGUUCGUCAUCGCGAGCAGCAUAUGGGAUACAAGAUCAGAGGAAGGACUGCUCCACAUACUCAGUGGUCCGUUGUAGCAUAG